AUGAAGCUGAGGAGAAAAAAGAUAGUGUUGAAUCCCCUGAUGUUGUCAAACAAUCCAGGAGGAGCCGUUGUUCAUCAGCUGAAUAAAAAUGUGUUGAGAAUUUGCGAAGAGAAUUUCAAGACGAAAAUGGCUGAUGAUCUGCAUUCAAAUACCAUUUUGACAGGCGCAUUGGCGGAUGCCAUGAGAAUCAUGAAUAAUUCAUCAGACAAACUUCAGAAGAAUCAUCCAGGGAACAAGAUUAUGAUGCAGUCGGUGGAGCAUCUGAUUGAGCUGGAAAAAGAAGUGAGGAAAAUUCUAGCUUUACUUGGAUUGCUGUCUGAAGAACAUUCAAUUUCUGAGGUGUUGGAGCAGUUAAAAGACAAGGCAUUGAAAAGAGCAGAUCUGACUGAAGAAGAUGUUUUGCGCGAAAUUCAGGAAAGAGCCAAACAAAGGAAGAUGAGAAACUACGAAGCUGGUGAUGAAAUUAGGAAAAAAUUGGCCGCUCGGGGAAUCGGUUUGGGGGAUGAGGGGGACCAAACCAUUUGGACCCCAUGUGUGCCAACAUCAAUGCAACAACAAGAGUUCAAUUAG